UGGCAGUGGUUGUGUAUUUUUUGAAGAGGUGCUACAGCCUACAGGUGAGGUGGGGAGUUCAGACCGCAAGAGCAACAGUACUGAAAUGAUCAAACAUCUUCAUGCAACAUAGAUAUGCAAGACAUCAGGAUUCCUGAAGACGUUGAAAGUUUCGGGCCUGGAUUUUAACGAACAUUGAUAAUCUUAUUGUUCCUGCCUCCAUCCUCAGUCCACAAUGAAUAUCAGCACAUUCCCUCUGAAUCUCACCAAUUCAACCAAUGGGACAGAUGUACCCAUCAUCGGUGGGCCCUCGUGGACAAUGGCCAUGAUGACACUGAUAACAGUCCCACUGUCUAUCAUCACAGUCAUCGGCAACAUCCUGGUCAUGAUCUCAUUUCGGAUCAACCCGCUCUUGAGGACAGUGAGUAACUACUUCCUCUUGAGCUUAGCUGUGGCUGAUUUAACUUUGGGCGCUAUAUCCAUGAAUCUCUACACUACCUACAUCGUGAUUGGCCACUGGACUUUAGGAAACCUGGCCUGUGACAUCUGGUUGGCCGUGGAUUAUGUGGCAAGCAAUGCGUCCGUUAUGAACCUGCUGGCCAUUAGCGUCGACCGCUACCUUUCUGUCACGAGACCUCUGACCUAUCUGGCCACGAGAACGCCCAGAAGAGCCAUAGUGUUGAUUACGUUGGCGUGGACCGUGUCGUUUGUGAUUUGGGCACCAGCCAUUCUGUUCUGGCAGUAUAUAGUUGGUGAAAGGACCGUUCCAGAAAAUGAGUGCUCAGUGCAGUUUUUAUCUCAGCCUGUGAUCACAUUUGGAACGGCCAUCGCUGCGUUUUACCUGCCAGUGAGUGUGAUGGUUGCGCUGUACUGGAAAGUCUUUCAGGUGACAGAGAAACGCUCAAAACAGCUGGCUGGACUGACGGGAACACAGGGGAAAGACACUGGAAAAUCAUCACAGAGAUCUCGUUGUACUGAGUCCUGCUGUAGAAAUGAUGUCGGAGAGCAGACGGAGCAGAAGCAGAACAGCAGGAGAACCAUCUGUCCCACCAUCACCCAGAGAACAGCAGCAUGGUGGAAAAAGAGAGAAAGAGUCAAUACACCCAACUCGGAUCAACAAGACCAAGGAACGGAUCAACAAGAUGACAAACGCAUUCCACUUGUUCAAAUAAAAAACAACAAUGUUCCUGCUGGCCCUAAUACAAGCAAUGCUACGUCCACACAACCCCGCCCUCUUAAAGUAAAUGCGGGUGCGCAGUGUCGAAAAGCUCGAAGCUCAUCUCUGAUGAAGGAGAACAAAGCGGCCCGGACCCUCAGUGCCAUCCUCCUGGCUUUCAUUGCAACAUGGACACCCUAUAACAUCAUGGUUCUGGUGUCGACUUUCUGUGAUAACUGUAUUCCUGAGGGACUGUGGCACCUGGGUUACUGGUUAUGCUACGUUAACAGCACGGUUAACCCCUUGUGCUACGCGCUGUGCAACAAGAACUUCCGGGACACGUUCAAAGCCCUUCUGCUCUGUAGGUGGAAAGAGCAUAAAAAGGGAAUAAGAUGGAGCCCAACAGGAAAUGCUUGAAUUAUUUUAACAGCUGGAUUAUUGAUGAAUAUAAUGAGAGGUUCAGCACCUGAAAUAGUCUUUUAUAAGGUUAAACGGUGUGUCAAUUAUUCAAGAUCUAAAAGAUGCACCAAAUGUACCUUAGGUUGAGCUUGUCUAUGCUUUGUGAAGAUUAAAGGAUUGCAGGACUUCGGGUUUUAAGAUUUCUCAGCAAAAUUGAGAGUUACAAAUGUAGCACAGAAAAAAAUGGUCCCAAGCUGUCAGUGGGACAGUACCCUUUAAAAAAAAAUACGGUCCUAAUAUGCACCAUUUAGGUACAGAUACGUAUACAUCUGUUAUGAAAUUGUAUCUUUAAAGUUAUAAUAUUGGGUAUACCAAUAUGUAACUCGAGAUGACCUCUUUUGGUGCAAAGGUGCCACCCUAGUGACAGCGAGGGAUAUUUUUUCUGACAGUACACUGGAUCAAGGAUAAAAAAAUAAUUUACAAACAUAGUUUUGUAGUCAACUUUCAAGCUGUGAUAUACAUUAAUCCAUUUCAAAUAGUUUUUCAACUUGUUGUAUAACUACUAUAAAGCAGUUUUAGCUUACAUUGGAUAUAUGUACUUUAGAUUUUUUGCAUUUUUAUAAUUUGAUACGUUUUUCUUGCAGUAAUGAAAGUAUGCACUUGGACUGGCAUGGACUCAACAAAAUGUAGUGCACAACAUAAUGGAUCUUUACUUUCAUUAGCUUUUAAAUCUUUUAUGGGCAGUGUUCCAGAGAUGCGUUUGGUCCCAGACUAAAAUGCAUGUUUGAGCUGUCUUACCAAAAGGUAUGUUUGUAUAGACCUUUUGCGUGUUUGCAAACAGAGAUGACUUUUUUGUGGGCGGAGCCCAACUGGUGGCAGAAAGUAACAGUGUGAAGUGUUUUAGCAUUAAAUUAUACUUUUUAUGGAUCUGGUGUUCUUUCAAAGUCUGUUUCCCUUUAGUGUAAAGUUUCUUAUAGCGUUUUCAUCACGUUAUGUUUAUUUUUUAGAUAAAUAAAAUAUUUAAAUGGCUUGACUACUGAUAUGUGUGCAUGGAUGUAAUGUAUAUGUAUUGUUCUUUAUUGGUAAAUCAAUUAUUUUUCCAUUAUGAAUCGCGAAAGUACAUAUAACAAGCAAUACUAUCAUGAAUUCUAUAUAAUAUUAUUUAUUUAAUAUUUCAUCAUUGUUCGGUUUUUCUUCCUUAUAUUUAUAGCCUACGUCAGUGGUUCUCAAACUUUUUCAGCGUGCGGCCCCCUUUGUGUACGGUGCAGUCCUUCGCGGCCCCCCCAAAGAAAAUUUAUGACAAAAAAUUGUUCUAAAACUUCACAUUUUAAUUAAACAAAACAUUAAAUUAUACAAAGUAGUGCUGCCUAAUUUUUUUUAGGUUUAAUUUCACAGAAUUCAUGAUAAAUUAAUGUAUUUUAUAAAAUGUCAUAAAACUGGGGCCCCCCUGGCACCAUCUCGCGCCCCCCCUGGGGGCCCCGGACCCCAGUUUGAGAACCACUGGCCUACGUGUUUAAACUAUUAUGUUUACAUACUAUGCAUAGGCCUGUUUAUAUAUUAAUAACACUUUACAUCAUAUGUGUGCUAUAUUUAUUAAUUAUGUAAACAUAAUAAUUUUAGAACAAACAGGAAGAACACAAGCUAAGAUAUAAGGUAAAAAGAAAUAAUAGGAAACGGAAAAAUUAUGAAAUAUUU